CCCCCCCCCCCCAAAAAACAAACACGUUUUGUAACGUUAGUGGUGUUUAUUCCACGUGCCUGCGUCAUGUCUCCGUCCGAAGCAAAGACUCCCGAGUGGAAAACAACCAUCAUUGUCAGCUCCUCGCUGCAGAACCACGACACCAGCAGGAUCUUAAGCGGCCAGCAGCACAGAGUCAGGUUUUCGGACAGUGUUCAGUCUGGAGCCUUUAUUUUUCCUCUGUCAGGUACUGCAUUUCUAUUGGUUGACUCCCAAGACGUCCUCGGACAUUUGGAGGAGUCUGGACUCGUUGAGAGGAUACAGAGCUUCGUGCAAGUACACAGGAACAGUUUCCUACUCCUCUACGCCCCCUUUAACGGGGAAAAGGAGAUGGAAAUAUUAUCGAUGGUUCAACAGAGAUUCUUUGGCAGCAAUCUCAGGAUCCUGCCUGUACGAAACAACGCAGAGCUUGUCAAAGGAAUGUUGACAAUCGCCAAGGUAAAAGGUGCCCAGAGGUCCUCGGGGUGACUCUUGAUAAUAAGUUCGACCCGCUGGCUCCUUCUGCCCGCAGGCCACCAGUAAGCCCCACGUAGACCUGAUCCGCACUCGGAUGUCCCACGCCCGGGCUCACGUCGUGGAGAGCAGCCCCGUGUGGGAGAUGCUCAGGGACAUUCUCUGAAGCCCAGCACCCCUUCCAGCAGCUGUUCUCACACACACACACACGUAACAUUCGUUCUGUUUUAUUCGCUGCUAACCAGUACAAGCGUUUCUUGGCAAAUAUUCAUAAGCAAAUUUAAAAGAUGUGUUCCAAUGUGUUUGUACGGUUUGUUCUAUUUUUCUUUCACAUUUUGACAUAGAAAAAGAAGAAAUAAAACAAUAAGACAAUAA